CUCUAAGGGGUAGAAGGACAUGUUCUAAGUUGCCUGUGCAAAAGGCACUCACAGGCAGGGCAUGUGGCAAGCUGGGAGGGGAACAAACUGCUGGCCUGAGGACCCGUGCUAUCCCCCUCUCGCAGAGUGGGAAGGCAGGUUCAUGUGGAGGGGUGAGAGCCCCCUUCCCUGGACCGCAACUACCACACUUAGGGCCUUAGGGACUGACUGUGCGAGUCCUGACCCUUUGGGCUUGUAGGAGGGCUGAAUUGGGAACAGUCAACGAAGGGGUCCAAGCAGGGAGUAGACACCCAGCAGGCAGCGGGGGUAGGUGCUGGGUGGGCGGUGAGCCACGGGCUCACACCAGGAGGGACACCUGAUGAAGACGCUGUGCCAGCAGGCAGGUGGAGGGGUCAGGUCCCCGUGGGAGGGAAACUGGUGGAUGCCUGUGCUGGGUGCCCCAGGCGCCGACACACAACAGCCACACUCGCUGUCCUUGGGCUCCUUGCAAGAACAAGGGUGGCAUCUUGAACUCGUCACUGAGCCAUAAAUAGAGCAAACCAGCUCCCCCACCCAAGACUUCUUGGACAGGCCAGUGCUCGGGCUGGCCGGCCAGGCGGCUGGGCAGGUGGGGAGUCUCUCCGGUUCUCUGUGCCCCCAUUGGUCUAAGGAGACUCCAUGCCCUUUCUGAGCAGGGGCCCGGCCUGGGGGAAGCCAUUUAUACCCCUCCCCCUGGCCCACCAGCCCAGCUCGCUGCUGUAGACCUGACCUCGCUCCCAGAGCUGCUGCCCUGACGUUAGGCUCUAAACACAAGACCUCAAGAUGGGAGAUGAGGAGAAACGCAACAGGGCCAUCACGGCCCGGAGACAGCACCUGAAGAGUGUGAUGCUCCAAAUUGCGGCCACGGAGCUGGAGAAGGAGGAGAGCCGCCGCGAAUCCGAGAAGCAGAACUACCUGUCCGAGCACUGCCCACCACUGCACAUCCCGGGCUCCAUGGCCGAAGUGCAGGAGCUGUGCAAACAACUUCACGCCAAGAUCGAUGCCGCCGAGGAGGAGAAGUAUGACAUGGAGGUGAAGGUGCAGAAGAGCAGCAAGGAGCUGGAAGACAUGAACCAGAAGCUGUUUGACCUGAGAGGCAAGUUUAAGAGGCCUCCACUGCGGCGGGUGCGCAUGUCGGCCGACGCCAUGCUGAAGGCACUGCUGGGCUCCAAGCACAAGGUGUGCAUGGACUUGAGAGCCAACCUGAAGCAGGUCAAGAAGGAGGACACGGAGAAGGAGCGGGACCUGCGCGAUGUGGGUGACUGGAGGAAGAAUAUCGAGGAGAAGUCCGGUAUGGAGGGCCGGAAGAAGAUGUUUGAGACUGAGUCCUAGACUGCGCAUGCGCCCCCUCCCCGCCCCUGCCCUGAGCAUCCAGCACCCAGCAGAACACUGGGGAGCCCUUGACAACGGGCCGGGGGCACCUGGCCUCACUCCAGUGGUCAAUAAAGGAUUCG